ACUGGGGUAGACGGGUCGACUAGGGGCCCACUUCAGUCUGUGGGGGAUGGGGAACUGAAAACAAGCACAGGGAAGGGAGAGCAAAGAACACCAGAAGGGUAGGGAACAGGGAGUCCUAACAACAGGCCCUGUCCCUAGCCCAUGUGACCCUAAAAGGUCCAGCCCCAGGAUGAACUCAGCUCAGAGAGACAACGGACAACAGAACUGACCCGGCCGGGCCAUCGGGGUUUGGGAGCAGUGCUGGAGCCCAAGCUCUUUUCUGCAGAGAGAAGACAGAGCCAACCACAGGUCAUGGAGCCCCGCUUAGCCCUUCCCCUAACGUGUGUCCCCUGGCAAGGGCUCCUGCUUACAGCUUCACUGCUAACGAUCUGGAACAUCCCCACCGCUGCGGAGCCCACUGUUGAGUCGGUGCCACCCGCUGUCCUCGAAGGGAAGAAUGUCCUUCUACUUGCUCACAACCUGCCAGACAACCUAUUAGCCUAUCACUGGUUCAAAGGAAAGCAGUCAAUAGACAAAGAUCUAAUUAUAAUGUAUGAAAUAAAAUCUCAAGAAACUAAACAAGGAAAGCUAUACAGCGGGAAAGAGACACUAUACCCUAACGGAUCCUUGAUGUUACAGAAUGUCACCUUGAAGCAAUCUGGAAUCUACAACCUAAAUAUCCAUUCUGCAGAUGACCAAAAAUCAGUGUUUGUAGAAGUCUUUGUGUACCCUCUGCUUAGCAAACCCUCCAUAAGAAGCAACAGGACCACUGCUGUGGAGGGUCAAGACACUGUUGAGUUAACUUGCAAACCUCCCUUCCGGAAAACAACCUACCUGUGGCAUCUAAACGGUAAGAAGCUUCAGGCUGGUAACCUCGUCAUCCUGUCUCGGGAUAAUGCAACGCUCACUUUGCUCAAGGUCUCUAGGCGUUUCAGAGGACGUUAUGAGUGCGAAGCUAGGAACCCACUGAGUGCCUUCCAUAGUGACCCAUUCACUCUGGAUGUUUUCUAUGGCCCAGAUACCCCCAAAAUUUUUCCCCCACACAAAUACUUCGAGGAAGGCAAGAGCAUGUGGCUCUCCUGCCAAACAGUGUCUCACCCCAAAGCACACUAUUCCUGGAAUAUCAAUGGAGAACCCUGGAAUUCUAGACAAGAGAUAACUAUCAACCAGGUCGGCAUAAGUAAUAAUGGACUGUAUACCUGCCUCGUCAAUAACCCAGCAACUGGCCGCAAUAAUUCCAAAGUCAAAGAAGUUAUAAUAGUUGAGAAAUUGCCGAAGCCUCAUAUCCAAAUCAAAAACGAAACAGUCUUAGAACAUCAUUUUGUGGACCUGACCUGCGUAUCGGAAAAUACCGGAGUUUCCAUCUGGUGGACAUUCAACAAUCAGAAGCUGAAGGCCACAGACAGGGUGUCGUUCUCCUGGAACAACAGAAGGCUCACCAUAGACCCAGUCAUAAAGGAGGAUGCCGGGGCAUACCAGUGUGAGGUCUCCAACCCCCUCAACAGCAGGCAGAGUGAUCCAGUCAAGCUGGCUGUGCUCUAUCAACCGUCAAAAAGUUUCCUGUUGUCACCCCCACUUUUGGCUACCUUGACUGCUGAAGUUCUGGCUGGGCUGGCUAUCCUAGGAGGCCUGGUGUAUUUUGUGUUUUUCAAGAAGCUUGACAAUCAGCAAAGCCACAGAAGAAUACAGAGGAAGGAAGAAACGAGAUGGAAGAGAGCAAAAGGGCAAUACAGGAGGGCAAGAAGUAAGAGCAUUCUCAGUGAGGACAAGCCGACACUGGUCAUCCAAGGAGCAUGUCACUGA